AUGAGGAAGCUUUGCAGAAACAGAUUACAGGUUCAAAAAAAGAAAAGUGCACUUGGACAGGAAGGCAAUUUCAAACAAACACAGAAGCUAUGUAUGCCUUUCUUGAGGUUCAAGAAAGACAAGGUUCCGGCUGUCGGGGUUCAAGCAUUGGAUCUGAAGCUGCCCUUUUGUGAAAUUGAGGUUCUGAAGGAGAACUUGGAACUGAUCAAGAGACAGUUGGGCCUUGAUCGUUUAGAAGUUUUAUCUGCUACAGAUGCCGAUGCUAUCGAGAAAGCUUGGAAUCAUGCCAUUCUUCUAAAGUCUAAUCCCCAUCCCCAGGAAAUCCUAGUCCAGGGGCGGAGCUAG